CAGGGCGCCCAGUGUAACGACGAGCGGCUAAAAGAAUCAUAACUGGCUGCUCGAAACGGUCCAGCGACAGCAAAAGCAGCGCAAUGACUGACCGCAGGGCCGCCCGCCGGCUCCGUCCGGAAUUAACGUUAAAGCCGCUCCUCCCUUAAAGCGGCGGCCGUGCAGCUCCGCCUCCUGCCGUCGCCGCAGCGACGGCCCCACUUUUUCAGCGCGGCCGCUUCCAGAAGCGCCUCGGCCUCCCGCAGCCUCACCGCCGGCCCGGUGGGCGGGGCCGGGCGACCCGAAGGAGGCGGGCUCGGGCCGCAGCGGGGCCAUGGCGGCCGCGGAGCUGCGCGCCGAGCUGGACUCGCGGCUGCUGCAGCUGCUCGGGGACCUGGAGGACCUGGAGGCCAAGCGCGCAGCGCUGAACGCCCGCGUGGAGCAGGGCUGGCUCGCGCUCUCCCAAGCUCGUUACGCCAUGGGCGCCAAGGCCGUGGGGCCCCUGCAGUACGCCUCCCGCAUGGAGCCGCAGGUCUGCGUGUGCACCGGCGAGGCCCAGGACGGACUCCAGAGGUUCUGGGUGGCGAGAGCCGGCGCCCAGACUCCAGAGGAGGUGGGGCCCCGCGAGGCAGGUCUGCGCAGGCGCAAGGGUCUCACCAGGACCGCAGAGCUGGAGUCCUCCCAAGCCCCCCGGGACCCUCUGAACUGGUUUGGAAUCCUGGUUCCUCACAGUUUGCGACAGGCCCAAGCCAGCUUCCGGGAGGGCCUGCAGCUGGCUGCAGACAUGGCCACCCUUCAGAUCCGGGUUGACUGGGGUCGAAGCCAGCUCCGGGGGCUCCAGGAGAAACUCAAGCAGCUCGAGCCAGGGGCUGCCCAGCCUGUGACCACAGAGGCAGGGCAGUGAGCACAGCUGUUCUUCCACUUGGCUGCCUCAUCUCAGGCCUUCGUCCUUCACAGAUUUCCUCUGCACCCACUCCCACCCCAGAAAAUCCUCCCUCCGUAGAAUUUCUCUGGUCUGCAUGUUGCCAACUUUGUUAGGUGUGAAAGUUUAAAGAGGCAAACUCAGUAAUGUUGAAAGUCACUACUGUGAAACCACCUCUAGGCUUGUGUUCCGCUAGGACACGUGGUGCUGGUACAGAGCUGUUCGGUUGGUAGUUCUUUGUGAACAGGUAGAACAAGCUCCUGGAUGAGGCAGAUGUGGUUGCCUUACAGGAUGAGCUCCCGCACGGGCAGUGGCAGGGAAGCGCAAGAAGUAGCCCUGCCGUUUCACCAGACACUCAGAACAGACUUUGGAGGAAAACCAUACAUGGCUAACAUCAGGACAGCAUGAUUCCGCAGAAGUGAAAGCACAAACGCCUGAGUAGAUGGGUGGCCUUUGGCAGCUUUUAAGCCAGAAGGUAAAAAAGAUCUGACGUAGCUUUUCAAGGGAACUCGAAGCGACCUUUCAGGUUUUUAAAAACCCGCUUUUAUCUUUCCAGGAGUGACUGAGCCUCUUUUAAUUUGUUGAAGGGCCAAUUGUGUUUCCUGUUGUGGGAACUCUGUGUGCUUGCUUCCUUUCCUACUGAGUUGUUGGUAUUUUUAGCAGUUUCUAGGAGCUAAUCUUUAUGUUUGGGGGAAAUUACUCCUUUGUUCAUAAUAUGAGAUGUAAAUAUUUUUUCCCAGUUUGUCUUUUACCUUUGCUUAUGGUGGUUUUAUUUUUACUGUAAAAUCAACUUUUUAUUGUAAAAUAAAACAUUCCACGGAACUGCACAGAGCAGUUGAAGAGCUUAAUGCAUGUGCAAGGCACCGUCACCUGG